AUGGGACAAAAAGAAAGAGAUACGAGAAAAGAAAACGAAAGAAAAGAACAAGAAAAAAGAGACACGAGAAAGGAAAGGUCGAUGGAUGAACAAAUGUCCGUAAGCGAAGAAGAAGAAGAGACGGACAAGGAAGAAGGAAAGAGAAUAGAAAGAAAAAAAGGAGGAAGACAUUUAAAAGAGAGAAACAAAAUAUAUUAUUCAUCAAGAGGAAAUGUAGGAGAAAGAUGGAAAGCAACAAGACGAAGAGGAGCAGGACGGAGAGGAGCAGGACAGAGAGAGACAGAAUGGAGAGGAAUAGGACGAAGAGAAAUGGAACGAAGAGCACAAUGGAGAGGAACUCAACGGAGAGGAGGAAGGUGGAGAGGCGGAUACAAUAGGAUGGAUCCGAUAUCCAAAUAUGGCAGUCCUAUAUUUUAUUUUGUAUUAGUAGAUUAA